UUUGUUGCUUUUGAGACUUGAGGGUUAGGGUUUUUCUAGGGUGUUUGGAGCGGCGAAGAAAACUAGCAUUUUUCUUCUGAAUUUGAUUCGACGAUCAUCAAUGGGGAAAAAACGAGAAAGGCAUCAAAAUCCAGAACCCUUCUUGACCGAUGACACCAACAAAUCCGUCUCCAAGAAGCGCAACAAGCCCGCUAAACAACAUCAGAGCGAAGAAAAGCUUAUAUCAGCGGGCAUGAGCUCUAAGAUUUUGAAGGAGGCUUUAAUUCAGCAGAAGGAGAUUCAGGAAGAGACAGAUGCCCAAAACCCUAAUAACAUAGUUUUCCCGGAAGAACCUGUUACUCAGGCUCAAGUAGAUGAAGAUGAUGAUGUUGACAAUUUUGCCGGAUUCUCUGAUAAUCAUAGUCAAUUUGGCGGUUGUGAGGAAGAAAUUAAUGAAGAUGAAGAGAAGUUAUUGGAAGCCUUCUUCUCCAAAGAUGCCCGUCCUCAGCGCACAUUGGCUGAUGUCAUUGUGGAGAAGAUAAAAGAAAAAGAUACAGCGUCUUCAGGUUUAUCUGCAGUAACGCAACCUUUGCCAAAAUUGGAUGACUCCAUCAUAGAAAUAUACAAGAGUGUUGGAGAGAUUUUCAAGAAAUAUACCUCCGGAAAAUUGCCAUUAGCCUUCAAAAGCAUACCGGCAAAGCAACACUGGGAGGAACUUCUGUACUUGACAGAGCCAGAGAAAUGGUCGCCCAAUGCAAUGUACCAAGCCACCAGAAUCCUUGCUUCCAAUAUGAGUUCAAAGAAAGUGGAGCGGUUUUACAAGUUUGUUUUACUCCCUCGUAUUAGACAAGAUAUACGGAAGAACAAGAAACUUCAUUUUGCAUUAUAUCAAGCUUUGAAAAAGGCUGUAUACAAACCGGCUGCCUUUAAUAAAGGAAUUUUGUUCCCAAUAUGCGAGUCAAGGACUUGCAAUUUGAGAGAAGCUGUUAUUAUUGGAAGCAUUCUUCAAAAGGUCUCUAUUCCGCCACUUCAUUCCAGUCUUGCGUUAAUGAAACUUGCAGAAAUGGAGUAUGGUGGCACAACAAGCUAUUUUAUAAAGUUGCUAGUAGAGAAGAAAUAUGCGUUGCCAUAUCGAGUUGUUGACGCGAUGGUUGCACAUUUUAUGAGAUUUUGUGAGGACUCAAGGGAUAUGCCUGUGAUCUGGCAUCAAUCGCUUCUUGCAUUUAUGCAAAGAUACAAACAUGAACUGACAAAAGAUCAAAAAGAUGAGCUUAAUUAUCUUGUGAAGAAGCAGAGACAUAAAAUGGUGACACCUGAAAUUCUAAGAGAGCUGCAUAAUAGCCGUAACCGUGGAGAGAAGGAGGACGACCUUAUGUCUAUAUCUUCUCCUAUUUCUGUGAUCAACAAAACCAUAGAGGAAGACAGAUUUGAUAUCCCAGAUGUUCCCAUGGAAGAGGAUUAAAAAAGGAAUACAUUCGCUAAAGACAUGGAAAUUUUACAUUUUUGAGUCGUUUGUGACUAUGGUCGUUGGUGCCUCACUUGCUAUGAAUAUGCUCUGAGUAACUUCACAAUUUUGUAGGAAGUAUCAUAUAAUCUUGGAUGAUUUACUGCCUCAUUGGAUGGUAAUCGAGGAUAUGUAAUUGUAUGAUUGUUUCAUUUAUCAUCAACUUCUUAUUAUAUACACUGGUUUUAGAUUUGUAUCAA